UUUAGUUUUACUAAAACGUAAUUAUCACUUGAUUAAAUUUCUUCUUCGUCUGGAAUGACGAUUUUCUUAUAUUCAGUCCUUUAUAGAUAUAAUUUAGCAUUGCAAGUGAGUCCAGCUUAAUGAUGGGUCAUAUUUCCGCAUUACACAGGCCAUUCGGAACAGUGUGUUCCGAAAGCCGUUUCCCGAUCGUCAGUGGAUUGUGAGCAGACGUUACCUUUCAGGAUGGAGAAGGUCCCAACGAUAAGUUAAAUUCAACACAAGGCCAUUCGGAACAGUGUGUUCCGAAAGCCGUUUCCCGAUCGUCAGUGGAUUGUGAGCAGACGUUACCUUUCAGGAUGGAGAAGGUCCCAACGAUAAGUUAAAUUCAACACAAGGCCAUUCGGAACAGUGUGUUCCGAAAGCCGUUUCCCGAUCGUCAGUGGAUUGUGAGCAGACGUUACCUUUCAGGAUGGAGAAGGUCCCAACGAUAAGUUAAAUUCAACACAAGCAUCAGCCUGACUAUAAACCAAGAUGGCAGCCGCCAACUACCAGUCUUCUAAAGAAACCACAAACUUCGCCCGGAUUUGCAGGUUGGUCAUUGAUGUCAUCCCUGACUUAUUCCGAGACUUGCUUAUCGCUCGACUGGCAUCAACAGGACUCACUUAUGUACUUACCAACCAGAAAGGUCAGGUCUUCCCCUUGUUGAAUAGACAACAAAAGAAGAUUCUGUAUCCUCAGGGUGGGCUGUUUCAAGGUUCUGUUAAGGAUUUGGACACAUCACUUCUUUACAUCCUACUUAGAAACCUUGGAAAUAUUCCACCUCAUCAGAAUGGUUGGGGGAAGGUACCGGGUAUAGCAGACAGAUCACUGUCAGCAAACAUCGACCGUCUACGUGAGCAGCGCAAUGAGGCAUAUGCACAUGCACCCAAUGCAUCCCUUUCUGAUGGAGAGUUUCAGGCAAGGUGGGACAUCAUCCGCCAAAGUGUGGAGGAAAUACAAAACAGUGAACUGAAUACAGGGCGGUUUGUGGUGGCAGUGGAUACUACAUUUACCAUGAGGAUGGACCCCAGUACAGAAAAGAAUUUUAUAACACUUAUAGCACAGAUCGAAGUGGAGAUCAGUGACAUCAAAAUGAGACAAGUUGCGAUUACAGCAGAUGUGGAUAACCUCAAAGGGAAGAUGGCUGGUAUGUCUGUCAAACAGGAGGCCAUGCAAACAGGUAUGGCUGGUAUGUCUGUCAAACAGGACGCCAUGCAAACAGAUAUGGCUGGUAUGUCUGUCAAACAGGACGCCAUGCAAACAGAUAUGGCUGGUAUGUCUGUCAAACAGGACGCCAUGCAAACAGAUAUGGCUGGUAUGUCUGUCAAACAGGACGCCAUGCAAACAGAUAUGGCUGGUAUGUCUGUCAAACAGGACGCCAUGCAAACAGAUAUGGCUGGUAUGUCUGUCAAACAGGAUGCCAUGCAAACAGAUAUGGCUGACCUUCAGGGUCACAUCAGAGAGGAAUUUGGUGCUGUCAGGGGUGCAGUUGGUGCUGUCAGGGGUGCAGUUGGUGCUGUCAGGGAUGCAGUUGGUGCUGUCAGGGACGAAUUUGUGAAAGAACAACUUAACAUAUCAGCAAACAGGGGCAGGGAUCCCAAGUUGUCAGCUUUAAUAGAAACAACUACUGCCAGGAUAAUGAACGAAAAAGAAUACAAGUACACUCCUACCAAAAGUUUCUCCGAUGCUCGCAAGAAGUUGAUGAAGAACAGAGUUGUCGUAAUUAAAGGGAACAGUGGAGAUGGGAAGACAUCCAUUGCACUUGAACUUCUCCGUUUGCUGUGCCAUGAUGUGGAGGACGGACAACAACGUCUACAGCCACUAGAACUGCAUGAUAUAAAGGACUUGGAUUUGGUGGCCCCGAUGUCACAAUUAGUUAUUUAUUUAGAUGAUAUUUUUGGGAAGAAUGUUGUGUGUAAACAAGAUGUGGAAGAAUGGGAGAAAAGAGUAGAAUCUGUCAUAGAAUCAAAACUUUGUGGAAAUGAGCACGCCGAGGGCAAUUUUCUGAUCAUUACAAUUCGCAGUGGAAUUUUUAAUUCUUUAAAUAAAUCUUGCUUGGAAAAAGUUUUUAUUGAACAAAACACUGUUGUCCUUAACAUAAAUGCAAAAGAAAAACUGGGAUUGUUAAGAUUGUACAAACCGAAAGAUAAUUUUGUUUCAUGGAAAGAAAGUGAAGAGAAGGAAAUUGUCAAGUGUGCUCCCGACAUUGGGUUUCCACAAUGCUGUAGGUUGUUUAGAGAUUCACCUGCUUUGCAAACAGAGAGGGUCAAUUUUUUUAAAAGACCUUUUCAUUUUCUGAAAUCUUCAUUAUCUAAAUUGGAAGACGGAAAAUGUUAUGGUCUGAUGUAUCUGUUCCUUAAGGGAGGCAAAGUCAUGGAAGAUGAUUUAGACUCUCACAAUGAAAAUAUUGAUCAGAAUGUAUUAAAAGCAGCAUUUGAAGUUGAUGUAGUGGAAGUUACCCCAACAACUGAGCUUGUUCACAAUAGGUCUAUGGGGAGGAAAAUAGAAUUUGUGAAGAAGUCGUUAGAUAGUCUGUUGGGUUGGCUGGUGAAAAAAGAGCCUAACGACAAACAAAGAGUUUGUUACCAAUUCAAUCAUGACUCCAUUGAGGAAACUCUGGCACUUUUGUAUGGGGAAAAAACUCCCAUUGGCUACAUACAGAAUUGUCCAUGCAAGUUUCUCAGUUAUGUAACUACCUCAAAAACCACUCCAAACAAAGUAGUUAUAUCAUCUGAUAAUCAGUACAAUGUUUUGUAUAAACGUUUACUCAGAGAGUUUGAAUCUGUCUAUUCUAGUAAACGGAAAAGUGACAGGUUUUAUAGUAAAUAUCAUUCUAUAACUUCAUUAGAUGUUUGGACAGAUUUUCAGUUUCUGCAGGGAUUUAUCAGAUGGCUAAGUGAUAAGAAUGUUGACAAAAACUUGUGCAAUGAAAUAAAACUUGCCUUGUUAAAUGGAGCAUGUUCUUCUGGUUCAGAAGAAUGUGUUUCAUUCCUCCUGUCGGAGGGUGUGAAACCUGAGAAGGAGACAAUGUUAUGUGUGGUAGAGGGAGGGAGAGUGAAUAUAUUAUACAAAGUGGAGGGAAUUAUACUCCAGUCCUUGUAUAAAGAUAAGUGUGAGACAGUAGAGGGUCAUGUGGUGCAUAGAAAUUGUGUGUUUGCUCAGGACAUAUGUCAGUUAGUGAAUGAGAGGGGGCAAACAGUGUUACAUUAUAGUUGUUACCAGGGACACAUGGAGGUUUGUAAAUAUCUGUGUGAGUCGUACCCAGCACUAACUACAGCUGUAACUAAUAACGGGGCAACAGUGUUACAUUCUAGUUGUUACCAGGGACACAUGGAGGUUUGUAAAUAUCUGUGUGAGUCGUACCCAGCACUAACUACAGCUGUAGAUAAUAACGGUAAAACAGUGUUACAUCAUAGUUGUUACCAGGGACACAUGGAGGUUUGUAAAUAUCUGUGUGAGUCGUACCCAGCACUAACUACAGCUGUAGAUAAUAACGGGGAAACAGUGUUACAUUAUAGUUGUCACCAGGGACACAUGGAGAAAAUAAUAGAGGAUAAAUUUGCUGGUAUGGAAUGUUCUUUGGCUGAAGUAAAAAAGGAGCUGAAAGUUCACAGCGAGAGACUUGAAGGGGCAGAUUUUGAUCACUCCAUCAUGGAAUAA